AUGGCUCUGUCCCUUACAAACUUGGUAAAGGCAUGGCUUUGGAAGGGACUGGAGCUCGCGUACAACCAGUUUGUAGGUCAAAUCCCUGGAGGGCUCAUGAAUUACACUUCUCUAGUUCUGCUUGAACUCAGUAAUAAUCAGUUUUCUGGGUCUGUUUCUGAUAGUAUAGGACAGCUCUCCAAGUUGGAGACUCUCCUUCUGUCCUCCAAUCAUCUUAAUGGAGGAAUUCCUAAGAGUCUUUCAAGGAUUGAAACACUCUCUCGGUUUGCUUCUAAUCAGAAUCUCUUUUCUGGCAAUAUUCCUUCUGGGAUUUCAAAAUAUCUGAGGAAUUUGGACCUUAGUUACAACAACUUAACUGGUUCAAUCCCAUCAGACUUUCUGUCACCACCAAAUUUGCAGCAUGUUGAUCUGACUUAUAAUUCAUUGGAAGGGCCUAUUCCGUCGAACAUUUCACAGAGUUUGAUUCGGUUAAGACUUGGGAGCAAUUUUCUUGAAGGUACCAUCCCUUCUCUAACUGAUGGAAAGCUGUCACAAUUGACUUAUCUCGAGCUCGAUAACAAUAGAUUAACUGGGUCAGUUCCACAACAACUGGGAACCUUUCAACGUUUAGCUCUGUUGAAUCUUGCUCAGAAUGAGCUCUCUGGUCCAUUGCCGAAAGAGUUGGGAAAUCUUCAUCAACUUCAGGUCAUGAAACUCCAAUCCAACAGGCUCACUGGAGAAAUUCCUCAACAAUAUUCACAACUAUGGAAGUUGUCCAUACUGAAUAUCAGUAGGAAUUCAUUGAACAGUUCGAUCCCAUCUGCAAUUUCCAGGUUAGGGAAUCUCACAAUACUGGACUUACGGGACAAUAGAAUUGAUGGUUCAAUACCCGAUUCAAUUGGGAACUUGAACUCACUGAUGGAACUCCAGCUGGGAAACAACAAAUUGAGUGGGAAGAUUCCUUUUAUGCCUGGUAAGUUGCAGAUUGCUCUCAACCUCAGCAGGAACCUCUUCGAUGGGCCUAUCCCAGACACUCUAAAAGGCUUGACUGCUUUAGAGGUUUUGGAUCUCUCACACAACAAAUUGACAGGUAAAAUCCCAUACUUUCUAGCCGGUCUCCAAAGCCUUACACUACUGUUACUUUCCAACAAUCUGCUAUGGGGUACUCCUCCAAACUUCCCCCAGCCAGGGAUUGUCGUUGAUACCAAUGGAACUAAGGUCUUGAACAGUAUAACAACCAUCUCUGGCUCUGACCAAACCCCUACUUCGCCUAAGAAGAUCAGUGAGAGUGCAUUAGUGUUCUACAUAUCUUUUGCACUUUCAUUUUCUUUAAGAAUUUGGGCUGUCAUUGCUCCUCUUCUCUUCAAUCGUAACUGGCGAAGAAGAUACUACCGAUUUUUGAACAUAUAUUUCCAUAUCUGUUUAGCAAAGCUAUUUGAAAUUCAGAUUCGUAUGAUGAUUACUGUAAGAACUAAAUUCUGCUUGAGAAGGCAAAACUUUAGUUAG